CGUGGCUCCCGCUCACCCUAUUCUCACGCUCUCUCCUCCGCUUUUAUUAUCACUCUCACUCUCAUUUCUUCUUCUUCUUCUACUUCCACACAUUUUCCUCUGUACUUCACUUUCUCUCUCAUCUUUCUCUCUCUCUCUCUACAAUCUCUGAAUUUUCAAUGAGAGAAAAGAAAAUGAAUAAGGAAAAUGGUGAGAAUGUGAGAGUGACUAGAGCAAGGGCUAGAGCCAUGGAAGCAGCUUCAGGAAAUGGAGAAGCUGUUGGAUUGAGAGAUAUAACCAACAUUUCAACAAAAUCUCAUCAUAAGCGUUUUCAAACCUCGAAUUUUCAGAAGAGUGAAGGUAAUAAGAAGAGAAAGACCAAGGUAGCUUCACAAGAUCAUAUCCCCUUACAAGUUGUGACAACCAAAGAGGAUGCUAAGACAGAGUUAGCCGAAGAUUCAUCAAUAAUGAUGGAAAAGUCACUGCAAGUGCAACCUUCUGUGGAAAAUCCCCCGCUUUCAAUGCAGGAUUCUGUCAGCUCUCCGGAUAAAGACAUAAGUAUUAUAUGUGAGAAACUGAGAGACUCAGUUGACUUGGGAAUUGUGGACAUUGAUUCAAAGUUAAAGGAUUCACUUGUUUGGACUUCUUAUGCUCCUGAUAUAUACAAUAGUAUUCAUGUUAGAGAGUGUGAAAGGAGACCAUCAGCUGAUUACAUGGAAAAGUUGCAGCAAGACAUCACUCCAACUAUGCGGGGAAUUCUGGUUGAUUGGCUUGUGGAGGUUACUGAGGAAUAUCAGCUAGUUCCAGACACACUUUACCUUGCUGUGAAUCUCAUUGAUCGAUUCCUUUCUCAACGUUUGGUUACAAAACAAAUGCUCCAGUUGCUUGGUAUCACUUGCAUGCUGAUUUCAUCCAAGUAUGAAGAGAUUUUGGCUCCUCCAUUACAAGAUUUUUGCGACAUCACAGAUAAUACAUACUCGAAACAACAGGUCUUGAAAAUGGAGAAAGAGGUUCUCAAUCUCCUGCAUUUCCAAUUAGCUGUUCCUACAAUCAAAACAUUUCUCAGGAGGUUCAUUGUUGUAGCACAAUCUUCUUUCAAGGUUGUUUAUGAUGAACUGGAAUUCAUUGCAAAUUAUUUAGGAGAACUUGCUCUUAUUGAAUACAGCUUCUUGCAGUUUCGACCUUCCAAGAUAGCUGCAUCUGCGGUUUUUCUUGGCAGAUGGACCCUCGACCAGUCAGAACAUCCCUGGAAUCCAACUCUAGAGCACUAUACAAAUUACAGAGCAUCUGAGCUGAAAACUACUGUCCUUGCACUGCUGGAUUUGCAACUUAAUACCAAAGGUUGUUGUCUGACUGGUGUACGCGAAAAAUAUAACCAACAGAAGUUUCAAAGUGUGGCGAACUUGAUUCCGAAACCUGUGGAAUCUCUUUUCUAGGUUCAACUGUAAAAGGCUAGAGACUAAAGAAUGACUUUAGGAAUUUCUGAAUCAACAUAUAUGGAAGGUGAGAUUAUGUCUAGCAGUAGUUAUUAUGACAUCAAAUUGAUGUUAUUAUUCAUUUCCAACUAUGGUCUAUUCUGUAGUUGUGAUUUGUAGGAUGGUACCAAUCUCUGGUGCUUCUUAAUUUUAUUGUAGUGAAUGAUACAAUGACAAUAGAGAAUUGUAUUAAUAAUGUUACUUUUGUGUUGUAACAAUUUAAUAAUGUUACUUAUGUGUUGUAACA